UUCCCAUCAGAGCUCAGCCCUCUGCUCUGUCACAUGGUCACUGUUGGUUUUCACUCAGGAUAGAGGACGGGGCAAACUAAAGUGGACGCAGAGGAAGAAAACACCGAGCAUCACCUGUCCAGACACAAUACCUCACGAGAGCAUCCUUUUCUUUGGCCCGGAGACUUUUAUCAGUGUUUGUGUUGUGUAGUGGCGCUAUGAAGUGAAACUCCGCCAUAUUCAGCCCACCACGCCCGGAGCACAGCUACUAGGGUUGAAGACUCGCUUCUGCUUGUCUGUCCUCUGAACUUGUACAAACUUAUUUCCUCUUCACAGGACAGGAACAAGGUGGAGUGCUAUCCAGGAGUAAUGACUCUGAGCUCCGUGGGGGCUUGCUGCCUCAGCCCAGAGGCCAAAGAAGCUCGGAGGAUCAACGAUGAGAUUGAGAGGCAGCUUCGCCGGGACAAGAAGGACUCACUGCGGGAGUACAAGCUCCUGCUGCUCGGAACUGGUGAAAGUGGGAAGAGCACUUUCAUCAAGCAGAUGAGGAUCAUCCACGGCCGUGGAUACUCUGAUGAGGACAAGAGAGGCUUCACCAGGCUGGUCUACCAGAACAUCUUCACAGCCAUGCAGGCCAUGAUUCAAGCCAUGAGCACAUUACACAUCCCCUACAAGUAUGAACACAACAAGGCAAAUGCCAAUCUUGUCCGUGAGGUUGAUGUGGAGAAGGUCACAACAUUAACCAGCCCUUUCGCGGAUGCCAUCAAGAGCCUGUGGAGUGACCCGGGGAUUCAGGAAUGCUACAGUCGUAAGAGGGAAUACCAGCUCUCAGACUCAGCCAAAUACUAUCUGAAUGACAUGGAGCGAAUUUCUGAUGCUGCUUAUCUGCCAACCCAGCAGGAUGUCCUGAGGGUGAGGGUGCCCACAACAGGUAUUAUAGAGUACCCCUUUGACCUGCAGAACGUGGUGUUCAGGAUGGUGGAUGUGGGCGGCCAGCGUUCAGAGAGGAGGAAGUGGAUUCACUGUUUUGAGGAAGUCACUUCCAUCAUGUUCCUUGUGGCGCUCAGCGAGUACGAUCAGGUCCUUGUUGAGUCUGCCAAUGAGAAUCGCAUGGAGGAGAGCCUGGCCUUGUUCCAGACAAUCAUAAAAUACAAGUGGUUCAAAGAUUCCUCAGUCAUCUUGUUCCUCAACAAGAUCGAUUUACUGGAGGAGAAAAUCAUGUAUUCGCAUUUGGUCGACUACUUCCCUGAGUACGAUGGUCCCCAGAGGAAUCUCAAGGCAGUGAAAGAAUUCAUCUUAGAUAUGUUUGUCAGUCUCAAUCCAAACGAGAAAAAAAUCAUCUACUCCCACUUCACCUGCGCGACAGACACAGACAACAUUCGAUUUGUCUUCAGUGCAGUGAAGGACCACAUCUUGCAUACCAACCUGGAAGUCUACAACUUGGUUUAAAACGGCUGUGUUGCUGCUGUAAUUCAAUCGGCUUUGUACAGCUGGUAGUCCGGAGAGCUCUGCAGUGAUUCAGUUUGCCUCACACUGCUGCUGAACACUAUAAUCCACAACAGGAAAUUGAGAAGCUACAGAGCUUGUCGCCAAAUGACUAUACUACUGAUGUAUUUCAAAUUUUCCUGUUAGGCUCUUUGAAAAUGGAUGUCUCCAGCUAUAAUGAAGUGUGUCCUGACAAUUAAAGCGCUGCCUAAGUGAGGAGUCUAUUAUAGUAUGCACUCUGAAAUUUAUGGAGCUCUUUGUGAGCGAGCAGUAACGGUAUAAAUGCACGUGGAUGGAUUGAGAGGGGGAAAAAGUAUUUCAGUGGCCUCAAAAGCCUCUGAGGACUUGUAAUGUACUAGGUCUCUCCUUCAGGGAAUCUGUGGAAGUGAAUGUAGACUAACUGCAAUGCAGCACCUCACAUCACUAACCCAAGUUGCUCAUGAUUUAUUGUUUGUUUUUUUUUAAGUUGAAAACUGUUUCAAAUACUCUAAAUGCUUAGUUUGAGUCUUGACUUAAUGGCAAGUGGAGUAAAAAGUAACACUAACGGACACAUUUCAUUGGUAUUUGUGCUGAUAUUCUGUAUGUGUGUACCUCACUUAUUAUUUCCACAACCUCAUUUCAAGUUUCACAAGACUUUGUUCACUUUGCAUUUAUCUGUGAUGGCAUUAGUCUUAAACCACUUUUCGUGAGCACGGCAUUAACAUGUUUUUUUAAUGUAAUUUAACACAUUUCCAAGGGAAUCCUACUGUCACCCUAGUGUGUCCAUGCAGUUAAGGGACUAUUUGAUUAGUUUUCAUGUCUAAAAUUAAUUUGCUUAAUAAUUUGAUCCAUUAUUUAUCUGAAUGUAAAUAUCACACGGUACAUUAAUGGUACACAUUCUUCACCUUUCCCUGCAUCAAGGUCGAUGUUUAGAGGCUAACUGCUAAAGAGAUAACUAUUGUGUGUAAUAAUCUCUGAGGUAUUAAAGUAAUGCAUUCUUGAUCUUUUUUUCAUAUGCUGUUCAAGGGUAUUAAAUGCAUGAAUAAAAAGCUAAUGAGAGCGUAUCCAUGGCACUAAUGUUUACACGACCCCUUUUCUUUUCGUUAGAAAUAAUUACAGCCUAGUCUGAACGGUUUAAUUUAUGGUUCGAUUUCACUGUCACUGUGACAUCUUAAUACAGUCUUAGUGGUUUUAAUGUGAUUGGAUAAAUAAACAGACAUUUGCUGCUCA